AUGCCGCCGCCUGACAAUCGAAAUCCAGGUCGUGGCUGGCUCGAGACAAUGGUAGAGCUGCCAUCAGUAGUCGGAGAAGAGCCUACUGCCCCUGAUGUGGGCUGCUGCGAAGUUGUGAGGGAGGAAGAAGGCGACGGCGCUCCCGCUCCCGAGGGCGAAAGGCUUCCAGGAGAUGGGGCCAGCUGCUCCGCUCCGGAGGACCAGAAUCGCGUUAGUGAAGACGGCUCGACGAACAGUCCACGAAACAGCCUCGAUCCUUUUCGAACGGAGAGCGAUCCGGGUAAAUAA